AUGGUGGUUUGCACCGUCAUCCCCCCGCGAGGCCAGGUGCUUGGUCUGCGGGACCAUGGGCAUUCAUGCGGAGUGAGGCGGAGGGCAACGGCGGCGGGAGGUGGCAGGCGCAGACGGGAGGAAGGUGGAAGCGGCUAUGGCUGUGAGGCAUGUGUGGGAGAGAAUGAGAAAAAUUCGGUGGAGAAGAAAGGUGGGCUUGUUGCGAAGGUAAUUAACCGAUGUACCCACCCACGACGUACGUAUAUAUAUCUGCAUGCACUUCCCUUCUUCAACCUUUUGCUCACUCAUCUGCUUUCGUUUCUGCUUGUAUCAGCAUCCUCCUCGCAGCAGCUGCAGCAGCGCCAGCACCAUCCACGCAAGAUGCUCGACGUCGGCGGCGCGCCUUCACCGUCGGACAUCGUGAUCGUGCACGGGUGCUCGGACCCGGAGGAGCUGAUGCAUCUGUCCCAGAGCAGAGCGGGGAGCACGGGCGGCGGCAUGCCGGAGUACACCGUGGAGAUCACCAACACCUGCCUCGACUGCAACGUCUGCAACGUCCACCUCUCCUGCGGCGACUUCGCAAGCACGGAGCUCGUCGACCCGGCCACCUUCCGCCGCCUCGCCGUCAACGACUGCCUCGUCAACAACGGCGGACCCAUCGGACCCGGCGAGUUGAUCACCUUCCAUUACGCCAACUCAUUCAUCUAUGACAUGAAAGUCAAAUCCGCCUCCUGCAAGUGCGCCUAAGUGUAGCUAGCUAGGCCAUCGGUCGAUGUUGCAUGGAUGCAGCUAUCCAUUCUUAUUAGCGAUAUAUAGUACUUACUGUUAAGUAGAGUUCAGCUGGUAGUCUACUGUAUCAGGGUUUUUUCUUUCGAUCUAAGGGCGUCUAAUCUUAGGUUUGGAGCUACUCCGGUGUUACUAUGUGUGUAUUUAGU